GUUUGGAGGAGCGCACAUCCUGACAGCUACAAAAAAGGAUACGUGUACUUUUUCCCCCCUGUCGUUUAAACUCUGCAUUUGCAAUAAUUGUUUUCGUUCACAACGUUAAACUCGUCCUCAUUUUUUGAGGAGUAUUUGUUUGGACCAUGGCUACGGUAGAGGAGCUGAAGCUGAGGGUGCGGGAGUUGGAAAAUGAACUAAUAAAGUGUAAACAGAAGCAGAGCGCCGCGGAAGAUGCUCACAAGCUGGACUUAAACAGGCCGAAAAUCGACAAAAUGAGCGCAGAAGUCGUCGAUUCUAACCCCUACAGCCGCCUCAUGGCUCUGAAGAGGAUGGGGAUCGUGGACGACUACGAGAAAAUCCGAACAUUCACUGUGGCUGUAGUUGGAGUUGGGGGAGUUGGCAGUGUGACAGCUGAAAUGCUCACCAGAUGUGGUAUCGGAAAGCUGCUCCUCUUUGACUAUGAUAAAGUAGAGCUGGCCAACAUGAACAGACUGUUCUUCCAGCCUCACCAGGCAGGACUCAGUAAAGUGGAAGCAGCAGAGCACACACUCAGAAACAUCAAUCCGGAUGUGGAGUUUGAGACCCAUAACUACAACAUUACUACAAUGGAAAAUUUUACACAUUUCAUGGAUCGCAUCAGUCAUGGAGGGCUGGAAGAAGGGACUCCAGUGGAUCUGGUGCUGAGCUGUGUGGACAACUUUGAGGCCAGAAUGGCCAUCAAUACAGCCUGUAAUGAAUUAGGUCAGAUCUGGAUGGAGUCUGGAGUGAGUGAGAACGCUGUAUCAGGACACAUCCAGCUCAUCAUUCCUGGAGAGACCGCCUGCUUUGCCUGUGCUCCUCCCCUGGUUGUUGCUGCUAACAUCGAUGAGAAAACCCUAAAACGGGAGGGUGUGUGUGCCGCUAGUUUGCCAACAACGAUGGGUGUGGUUGCAGGCAUCUUAGUGCAAAAUGUCUUGAAAUACUUGUUAAAGUUUGGCACAGUCAGCUAUUAUCUUGGCUACAAUGCCAUGCAGGACUUCUUCCCCAGCAUGGCCAUGAAAGCCAACCCUCAGUGUAAUGACCGCUACUGCAGGAAACAGCAGGAGGAGUACAAGAAAAAAGAAGCGGAGCGUCCAAAGGUGGAAGUCGUGCAGGAGGAAGAGGAGGAGGUUGUUCAUGAAGACAAUGAAUGGGGUAUUGAACUGGUGUCAGAGGUGACUGAAGCAGAGCUGGAGGCGGCACAGGGGGUCGUGCUCGACCUCCCAGAAGGCAUCACUCAGGCUUAUACCAUUCCAGCCGAGAAUCCACCAAGUGGGGAGAUGGUGGAGGAGACGGAGCUGAGCUUAAACGAUUUAAUGGCUCAGAUGAAAAAGUUGUAGGCAACAUUGAGAAGAUGCAUUCCUGCAAGAAGUACUUUCUUUUUUUUUUUUUUAAACAUCUUCAUGCAAAAGCCCAUUAAUAUGUAACAAACAGAGAAUGGCUCAUUCAAAAGACAGGUUAUGCAUGGAAAGUGCUGCUAGAUACAUUUCAACCCCGCAAAAUCACAGAACAACGUUGUCUCAAUAAAGUAUUUAUUAAAUUGAA